AUGAUGUCAAAGAGUGGAAAUACGACAAGUGACGAACAAGAAGUGUGUCGAGUGGCCAUUAAGACAGAUGUAAACUUGGAUAAUGUAGCUUUAUUGGCGGAUAAGAUCAACGAAGUCACUCUCCAACCUCAGGUGCAUCACAUAGCCACACCGCCACAUCACACCGCCACUUCAGCCACACCGUCAACUUCGUCCGAAUUUGAAGAAUUGAAGCGCCGCUUAGAUGACUUAUCUCGUCAGGUGGCCUCUCUGACAAUGUCACGUUCUCGCCCUCGUUCCCGAUCACGUGGUCAUCAUCCCAAUGGUCAACGCCGCUCACGAAGCCGCUCUGCUACUGGCACAUGGAAGUGCUGGUACCAUUGGAGGUUUGGUAGCUCUGCAACUAAGUGUCGCUCCCCUUGCUCGUUUUCACAGGGAAACGACAAGGGCAGUCCAUAA